AUGGCGUGGUCCCGGAGCCUGGUUGAUGUUUUGGUGGUGAUUGUAGGACUUUUGGCCUGUCAUGCUGCGGCCCAACACUGGAUGGAUGCGCUGAACCGCAACCCUCCUGCCUCGCUGCCUCAGAAACAAGCGGGGGCCCCUCUGCCAGCGACGAAUGUCGACAAAUGCCAAGUGGAGCACAAUGAGAUGAUCCAGUGCGGGACCCGCGACAUCACCCGGGAGCAAUGCGGAGCCAUCAACUGCUGUCAUAAUGGACGGCAGUGCUAUUACGGCAAAGCGGUGACUGUGCAGUGUACAAGAGAUGGCCAAUUUGUGGUGGUGGUGGCUCGUGACUCCACGUUGCCCCCAGUGGAUGUGACUUCAAUCAGCCUUAUGGAAAUGAACGAUCCAACUUGCGACGCAGUUGAUACCACUGCCACAUUUGCCAUCUUUCAGUUCCCCAUGACCCUGUGUGGCACGACAGUAAAGGAGGAAGAUAACUUUGUGGUGUAUGAGAACCAUAUGUCGUCAUCGUAUGAAGUGGGAAUUGGCCCCAGAGGCUCAAUCACCAGGGACAGCCAUUUUGAAUAUUCAGGCACUGCUGUGGAGGCUCUGGUUGUGGAAGUCAAUUCCCUUCCUCCACCUGUGUCAGUUGCUGCUGGUGGACUCCUCAAAGUGGAGCUCAGACUGGGCAAUGGCGAGUGUUUCUCAAAGGGUUGUGUUGAAGAAGAGGCAGCAUACAACUCCUUCUACACUGCGGCGGACUACCCUGUCACCAAGGUUCUGAAGCAACCAGUAUAUGUUGAGGUCCGCAUCCUCGAUAGGUCUGAUCCCAACAUUGUUUUGAACUUGGAGCGCUGCUGGGCCACCACAACAUCCAACCAGAACAGCGUUCCUCAGUGGGAUCUUCUAGUUGAUGGGUGUCCCUACCAUGAUGACCGUUACCAGACCAUUGUCCUGCCUGUGCAAGAGUCUUCAACAAUAGAUUACCCAAUGCACUACAAGCGUUUCAUCUUCAAGAUGUUUACCUUUGUGGAUCCCAACUACUUCAGUCCCCAGAAGGACAGGGUUUUCAUCCACUGUGCUACAGCAGUGUGCUCUCCCACCAGCACAAACUCCUGUGACCAGCCAUGCCGUCAUCGACACGAGUCUGUAGGAAAAUCUGUGACUGCGGCACACAGGUCUCCAAGCCAAGAUGUGGUCUCAAGCAAGCAGGUGAUUCUGACUCAAACGAGGGGCUUCGCCACUGAUGUGCUGAAAAAAUGGAGAUGA